GAGGAGUCUCGGAGUUCUGACGAGUGGCAGCUCCAAGGAGGAACCUUGGCAGAAAACGAAGAAUCUGAUGUAAAGCCUCCAAAUUGGGCAGGCCCCGUGAAUACCACCCCCCAGUUUGCUCAGCCUCAGCACCUGGACAGCUUUGGCCUCCGCCUGCCCCGGGACAUCACGGAGCUGCCUGAGUGGAGUGAGGGGUGCCCCUUCUACAUGGCCAUGGGCUUCUCAGGCUGUGACCUCUCUGCUGACGACAUAGCUGGGAAGUUUCAGUUCAGCCGGGGCAUGCGCCACAGUUACGACGCAGGGUUCAAGUUAAUGGUGGUGGAAUAUGCCGAGAGCACCAACAACUGCCAGGCUGCCAAGCAGUUCGGAGUAUUGGAAAAAAAUGUUCGAGACUGGCGCAAAGUGAAGCCGCAGCUCCAGAAUGCCCAUGCUAUGCGGCGUGCAUUCCGAG